AUGAUAGUCUUUACCGGGACAGUAUCCAAUCUUUUCACGCGAACAGCCGUCCAGGCCACAAAUUCAAGCAAUGGUGCACCGCCUCCGGACAGUCGCAACCUACCAGCACCAUCACCGCCACCGCCUCGAACCCCUCUGCUAUCAGCCCCGAAGCCAUCUUGGAUUGUUAGAACAGAGUCUAAUGUUAGAUUAGAGAAAAGACAAAAACCAGAUCCUUCAUGUGUUGUAUGCAAAGGGAGUGGAAGAGUAGAUUGUUUUGAUUGUUGUGGAAAAGGAAGGACAAACAAUGUUGACUUAGCAAUGCUUCCAAAUGGGGAGUGGCCAAAAUGGUGCAAGACAUGUGGUGGGAGUGGGCUUGGCUAUUGCUCAAGGUGUCUUGGGACAGGGGAAUACAGGUAUCUUAUGGGAUUUCAAUUUAUGAAGAAAGAUAAUGAUGGAAAUGGAGGAAAUUACAAGGUUCGUGAUAUGUUAAGAAAUCGCAAGAGUGCAGCAGAUUUGCUUCCAAAUGAUGAAACAGCUUAG